CUGGCGACCUCUAACUGGUCGUAACUUACCCUUGUCCUUAAACUUGCAGUGCAGUAUACCACUGACGUUUCCCGCGCGCGUUACGUUGUCGCAACACGUUCUAAAUUCAAAAUUGUGAAAGGUUAAAUAAUAAACAAAAUAACAAGGAGGUCGAUGAAAAAGUUUUUAUAUAUUAUUUUAAUGUUUUAGUGACAAAUGUUUAAUUUGGAAUGUUAUAUUUAUAUUUGUGCGGUAGUUACAAAAUGUGACUGUGCUAAUAAGAUAUAAAAUGAAUUAAAUAAAUAUUUAUCAUAAAUCGUGGAAUAUUCUUUAUUUGGUAUACAGUUUGCUUUAAUUAAAAUGCAGAGAGUGACAGAGACGACAUGCGUUCUGGCAUUUUUAUUAGCAUUGGGACCAUCGGGAGUCCACAGUUUCGAACCACGGCCUGAAAUUGGUUAUCCAGCUGGAUUGAUACCAGAAUGUCCAGGUGUUACGAAGAACGCAACAAUCACUCCGGUUAUGAUGAAUAUGUUACAGAUCAUAGUGCACAGGAUAUCUGACACUGGUGAAAUCCUCAGAAAGCAAUUUCCUAUACUAUCAGCACAUAGAAGCAUACCCAAAGAGAAACACAUAGAUUUCAAGAACAAGAAGACAGUUUUAUACGCCGUCGGUUUUCUGGACAGUUCGGUGUUACCUCAGACUCAAGCCGUUGGAACUGCUUAUUCCAAGCGGGGCUACAACGUCCUAAUCACUGAGACUUUCCAAUUUCUGACUUACAUAUAUCCGAAAUCAGUCCGCUUAACAAGAUUCAUCGGUAAGAAGGUUGGGGAAUUUCUGGUGAAACUUACUGAAUAUGGCCUAACCGCUGAAAACCUUGAACUGGUAGGCGCAAGUCUUGGUGCUCACGUAUCCUCUCACGCAGCUAAAUACUUCUACGCUGCAACAGGGAAAAAGAUAGCCAGAAUAACUGGUUUAGAUCCCGCUGGUCCUUGCUACAGAGCGUUACCACGAGAAGAGAGACUUGAUUCUUCAGACGCAGAGAGAGUAGAUGUCGUUCAUACUAAUAUUGAUGGUUUCGGUAUAGCUGAACGCCUAGGUCAUAUAGAUUUCUAUGCAAAUGGCGGGGAAUUUCAACCGAGUGAUAUACCAUACAUACCUUGUCUGGUUAUAUGUAGUCACAUAAGAGCUAUUUUCUAUUGGUGGCAGGCAUUAGAACAUCCGAAGAAGUUUAUCGGUAUGGAAUGUGACUCCGUCCAAAAUGCAAGACUAGGGAAGUGCAAUAACACUGUUACUAACUAUUUAGGUGCCGCUGCGAAUUUCUCUAAGCCUGGAAUAUAUUUUCUACCAACGCACAAUGAGUUCCCGUACUAUAGAGGCAAGGAUGGUUUGAAGAAGGACAGUGAUAUAUUCCAAUCUAUUUUAAGAAAGAUCAAUUCGGAUGAUGAGUUCGAUGUUUAGUAAGCUGAACAGCUUAAAUUUCGUUUUAAUGUUUACUUAUUUUUGUAAGUACAAAAUAUACGUAUGUGGUAUCUGCAAUUGAAAAAACUAUCUAGGUUCUAAGUUAGUGUUAAUUCAUAUGAUUUAUGACGUCAUUUCAAUCAAAGAAAUGUUAUUUAGAAUAACAAUGUCAAAUAUAGCCGAUUUCAACCAUAAGAUUAGAAAAUACCAAUAACUAAAUUUUAAUUGACGUGAUAUCAUUGGUCGAGUGAAUAGUCUAUGAGAUUCAUAAUGGUUUUGGGAAAAUAUGGAAUUUUGAGCAUCGACGAAGCUAUAACUGGAACUUUGGAAGUAAAGUUAAAGUGGAUAUAUGUAGUGUGUAAUAUUAAAGUGGGAAUAAAUAGAUAAGUGAAAUAGUCUUGUAUUAUAAAUAAAGAUAUAUUAAGAACUAUUAGUGAUGUACAAUAUAGCUGAGCUAUUAGCAAAUCUUAUAGAAUAUAUAAAUCUAAGGCUUGUGUAUCUUCAUUCUUUGUUGAAUUGGAAUAUGCAUACAUUGUUGAAAUAGCUUGAUCAUUAAAAACGAAAUAAAAUGGUGAUGAUGAUGUGAUGGUUAUGUCAAUGUCAAUGGGGGGGAAGUGAUGUAACUGAAAAUUUACAUUAAAGCAUUGGUGAUAUUCUUUGUGGUAUAUAUGUAAAAUGGGAAUUAAAGUUUUAGGUCUCACUGUAGAAUAUUGAUUGUGAUAAUUCUAUUGCAAAAAAUUUAAACUAAACUAGAAUUAUGAGUCGUGUAGUCAUUUUAAGUUCGUUUAGUUUAAAGAUGCUGUGUCUAUGUACAUUGUACGGCAUCCUUGUAAAUGUUUCUGUCCCUUUCUGCCAUGUGGGAUUAAAAUAGGAUAGCGAAUAAUAUCAAAUUAGUUUAAUAGAAUCGAAAAAUUGGCAUAUUUUUUAAAUCUGUGAUAUGACAUUAUAUUAAAAUAUAAUUGUAGAAGACAAAAUAAAUAACAUUAAAGAUAGCUUAAGCAAUUUACUUACAUAAAAUAUGUGUAGCUUAAACUUAUUUUGUGCAAUAUAUUACUAAUACUGUGAAUUUAACAGUACGUUUACUGUAAACUAACUUGAUAUUUGAAAGGGCGUUGAGUAAGAAUUAAAAUUGCGAUCUGUCAAAAUUGUAUUAGUACCUAUAAAUACAA